AUGGAAAAAAAACUGAACCUGGGUUCGGAGGAUAUCACCAACUCGAAAAUUGAAGAGAGCAAAGACCAAAGGGAUGAUGGAUUUGUGUUCACAUCCAAACAACACAAUUCUUCAGGGUCAUCGUUCCCUGAGUUUAAGACACCACCACUCAAAACUAAUAUCUUUUACGGUGAUGCUCGUGAUAAAUUCAAAUUCAGUGCAAAAAAGGAACGAAGUGGCACCCCUAGGAUGAACAAAAGUAGGGAAAAAGAGAAGUUUUCCACCCCUUUCCAGGGACAUGACUUUAUUUGGAAGGCAAAGAUGGAUAUGUCACAAAAAAACUAUGUGACAUCCAAUGAGUCAUUUGGUUUUGGUGUGGAUGGGAUUGGCAACACAUCACCCAUUCAUCAGUUUUUGAAUAAGAAUGAUAGUGAAGUUGUAAGUACAGAAACAAAAGAAGAUGCUUCAGAGUGUGAAGAUUUAGAUACUAAUUUUGGUGAUGAUGAAAUUGAAAAUGGAAGCUCGAAGUCUGCAAAUGAUGAAGUGGACAUAACAAAUGAUGGUGAUGGCAUGGCCCAUGUUGGUCGUGAUUCCGGUUCAAGAAAUACGAGUGGGUUUGGGUUCACGUUUUCUGCUGAAGUGCAAUCCCAUAGCCAGAAACGCUAUCCCAAAAAGAUAAAUUGGGUAAAAGUUGGCCAUAGUUAUCUUGAUACUUACAACUCCAGUCCCAAUUCGUUAUCAUCUGUGACUGGUUCUCCAUUUUCUGGAACUUCCUCUCCUUUCACACUAGAGCGAGGCCAGAAAGCUAAAGCAUCUUCUCUUCAUCCCAAAACAAGGGGUUCUGAGGUGAAUAAGGUGCAAGGGAUAAAGGAGGAACUUGCUACAAUUUCUGCAUCAACCAUGACAGCUGAAGACAUCUGUGAAAAGUGGAGACUCAAAGGAAACCAAGCCUAUAAAAAUGGGAAUUUAUCUGUAGCUGAGGAUUGUUACACGCAAGGAGUAAACUGUGCUUCUAAAGAAGAUGCAUCUGAGAGAUGUUGCAGGGCAUUGAUGCUUUGCUAUAGCAACCGUGCUGCCACACGCAUGUCUCUUGGUAGGAUGAGAGAUGCGAUAGAAGAUUGUAUGCUGGCUUCAGAAAUUGAUCCAAAUUUCCUCAAGGUGCUACUUAGAGCCGCAAAUUGUUUCCUUGCUUUGGGGGAACUUGGAGAUGCAUCCAAGUAUUUCAGGAGAUGCACGCAGUCAAGCACUGAUGUUUGUGUAGAUAAAAAAAUUGCUGCGGAAGCCUCUGAUCUUUUGCAAAAGACACAGAAAGUAUCGGAAUUAAUCAAUCAUUCCGAUGAACUUUUGCAAGGAAGAACAGCUGCUGAUGCAGAAAAAGCAUUGGAACAUAUAAAUGAGGCAUUGGUGAUAAGUUCAUGCUCUGAAAAAGUGCUUGAAAUGAAAGCAGAGGCUCUUUUUAUGCUAUGUAGAUAUGAGGAAGUGAUUCAGCUGUGUGAUGAAACCUUUAGUUCCGCUGAGAAGAAUUCAUAUCCUUUGGGUGCCGAUUGCGAAGUGAUAGAUCUGGACAGUGCACAGCUUUCAAAAGGCUUCUAUUUCAGGCUUUGGAGGUGCUCACUGAUGCUUAAAUCUUACUUUCACCUAGGAAAACUUGAAGAGGGCCUUUAUUUGCUGCAGGAACAAGAGGACAAGGUAUCAGCCAUAAACAAGAGUGGAAGCAAGGUUUUGGAGUCACUAAUACCACUAGCUGUAACUGUACGUGAGCUCUUGCAUCAUAAGGCAGGAAAGAUCGAGGAAGCUGUCGAACAUUAUACAGCUGCUUUAUCAAGUAAUGUGGAGUCUCGCCCAUUUACAGCUGUCUGCUUUGGUAACCGUGCAGCUGCACAUAAAGCAUUAGGUCAAAUUACUGAUGCCAUAGCAGAUUGCAAUCUGGCUAUAGCUCUUGAUGGAAGAUACUUGAAGGCACUUUCCAGACGUGCAACUUUAUAUGAGAUGAUCAGAGAUUAUGACCAAACAGCAAGCGAUAUAAGGAGAGUUCUCUCUGUUUUCAUUCAAGAGGAUGGGGAUAAUAGUAAUCAGCAUGGCAUAUCUGAUAGAUCAAUCAACUAUGCCAAUGAUUUGAAACUUCACCAAAUUUGGCUUUCGGAAAUAGAGGAGGAAGCCAAAAGGGGGAUACCUCUUGAUGUGUACCUCAUUUUAGGAGUUGAACAUUCUGUUUCAUCAUCUGAAAUCAAGAAGGCCUAUCACAAAGCCGCACUUAGACAUCACCCUGACAAGGCUGUCCAAUCUUUGGCAAGAAGUGACAUUGGAGAUGAUCAGAUAUGGAAGGAUAUUGUUGAAGGAGUAUGCAAAGAUGCCGACAGGCUUUUCAAAAUAAUUGGAGAGGCAUAUGCAGUCCUGUCAGAUCCUGCCAAGCGAUCACAGUUUGAUUCUGAAGAAGAAAUGAGAAAUUCUCAAAAGAAACGCCAAGGAAAUAGCAUGACUAGAAAUAAUGUCAUGGACCAAACUGACAAUAGGAGACACUGGAAAGAUGUUUCGAGAUCAUUUGGUAACUCGUUUUACAGAGAUUCUGAAGCUGGCCGGUCAAGUGAAUGA